UAACCGCCGCUGCUCUGGAAUUGUCUUGGCAUCGCCGUCGAAGUUAGUGAUCGAUAAACUAUUGCCCACGGUAUCACUGUCCAAGAUGGUAAGUGAGGCCCGGGAGAGCGUCGGCUCGGCACAGUGGCAGCUCCUGGGAAUAAUCGGGACACUUGCUGGAUCUUUUGGCUGGUUCCUUAUUUUUGAGGGGGACAGCGGAAGAGUUCCGAUGGUUGCCCUGUGUACGGGUCACAAACCCCGUGGAGAAAAUGCCCACGAAGCCCUCCAGUGCCACACCCAUGGACCCGGACUCCUCGUGCUACAAUUUGCCCAAGAAAAGAAGCAGCCCUUCAGCAGGCUAGGAAUAUAGAGUCCCAAAAUCAUAGGGAUGAAAUUUAUAAAGAAUUUCUUGAAAAAUUGAGUAAAGAAAAGUCUAUAUUGGCAAAAGUAAGGGCUGAUGAAAUGGCAUCACGAAAGCAAUUCCAAAGAAUUUUACAGGAGAUCGAACAGGAAAAAAUGAUGGAAGAAACAAUUAUGAAGGCAGAAAAGAGAAAAAUACUGAAGGCCAAGCAGUUGGAACAGGAGGAAAGGAUAGCCAAGGAGCUUGAAAGAAUAAAGUAUGAGAAACUAAAAGAUGAAAAAAUGAGACAGCAAGUCCGAGAAAACAGUAUUGAGCUUCGUGAACUAGAAGCCAAGUUAAAGGCUGCUUACGUGAACAGAGAAAGAGCUGCGCAGAUAGCUGAAAAAGAAGCAGAUCGUUUUGAGAAGAUAAAACGUGAGGCUGAGCUUUCUAAAUUAAUGAAGAAGGAAAAUGAAAGAGCCAUAGUAGAGCGGGCCAAGGAAGAACAGAAACGCGUUGAACAAUCCGUGAGAUAUCAGAAGGAUCUUGGAAAGCAAGUUGAUGAAAAUGAACAAAGGAGGCAGGAAGAAUAUGAUGAAUUCCUAAAAGAUAAACUAAGGAUUGAUGAAAUUGUAAGGAAAAUCUAUGAUGAAGAUCAUAGGGAAAGGGAGCUGAAGAUGCAGAAGAUGAGGGAAACUCAGAGGUAUGUCGAGGAGUUCCAGAAGCAGCGAGCUGAAUGGAAACAAAUGGAACGGGAAAAAAUGGAAGCCGAGAACAGAAAGAUUUUGGAGUUUGCCAAUGCACAAAAGAGCAGAGAGGAUGAACGGAUGGCAAGAGUUCGAGAACAAGAUGAGCAUAAAGAAAUGCUGUACCAAAAGCUUGCUGCGGAAAUUGAAAAACAACAGCACGAACGUGAAGAUAUGGAAAAUGUCCGUCAAGAAUUGUACCUUGAAAAAGUAGAAGAAGCUCAUAGACAGCAACAAAUUGCAGAGAUGGAAAAGCAAAUUCGUCAACGGCUUGAAUUACAGAAGACAUACCAAGACCAAAUGGUUUUCAAACAGAAGCGCCUACAGGCAGAGAAGGAGGAAGAAGAUGAGCUACGGAGAAAGAUGUUGGCCAAACUUGCCGAGGAUGACCGUAUUGAGCAGAUGAAUGCACAGAAACGGCGUAUGAAACAGCUUGAACAUAAGAGGGCUGUGGAGGAAAUCCUUGCAGAUCGACGCCAACAAUUUGAAAUUAACAGAAAACGAGAACUUGAAGCACGCCAGCAAGAAGAGAAGAGGGAGGCAGCUCUUCAGGCUGUAAUUGAGGAAGAAAGGCAGAAACUUCUCAAACUGCAUGCCAGUAAGCUGCUUGGUUACCUUCCAAAGGGGAUAUUUAAAGAUGAACAUGACCUUGAUCUGUUUGAUAAUGCCUUCAAAGAGACUUUCAAGAAAGGAAAUGCCAAUCUGUCUUCAGAUGAAGGGUGGAAUUGUCAGACCUGAUCCCAUUGUCGUAUUACAUUUCGUACAACCAUUUGGGCCUACGUAGCCAUCUCAAACAGCUCAGUUGCACUUGGAUAUAAAAUUAUAUUGAUUCCUAUUUAAUCGCUGUUGAAAUGUAUCUGAUAUGAAUAUUGAAAGCAUAUAUCAUAAAUAUUAUGAAUAAAGUUUAAUUACAAUAAAAAUAUUUUAAAAGAA